AUGCGUCACGUCCUUUCCGCUCUGGUGCAAAACGUCCCCGGCGUGCUGGCCCACGUGGCCGGGAUGCUCGCUUCCCGCGGCUACAACAUCGACAGCCUGGCUGUCGGUGAAACCGAAGACCCGCACCUGUCGCGGAUGACCUUCGUCGUGGUCGGCGACGACAGCGUGCUCGACCAGGUCCGCAAGCAGUUGGAAAAGAUCGUCACCGUUGUGCAGGUGACCGACAUCAGCUCGCAGGACCACGUCGAGCGUGACCUGAUGCUCAUCAAGGUCAACAGCGAGGGCGGCAAGCGGGCCGAGAUCCGUGAGCUGACCGACAUCUUCCGCGGCCGCGUCGUGGAUGUCGCGCCCGACGAGAUCAUGAUCGAGCUGGCCGGCCAAGAGAAGAAGAUCCAGGCGUUCAUCGACAUGAUGCGGCCGUUCGGCAUCCUAGAGGUCGCCCGCACGGGGCGCAUCGCGAUGGUGCGGUCGGUCAACCGUCCGCUGGGCUCCACGGGCGUCAAGAUCUAUUACGACGCGGACGCAGACAUGAAGGCCCUUGAAGGCAAGACCGUGGCCAUCAUCGGCUACGGCUCGCAGGGCCACGCCCACGCGCAGAACCUGCGUGACAGCGGCGUCAAGGUUGUCGUGGGUCAGCGUCCGGGCGGCGAGAAUUACGACCUCGCCAAGAGCCACGGCUUCGAGCCGAUGAGCGCGGCCGACGCCGCCAAGGCGGCCGACGUUAUCAACAUCCUGCUGCCGGACGAGGUUCAGGCCGACGUCUACAAGAGCGACAUUGCGCCCAACCUGUCUAAGGGCAAUGUGCUGAUGUGCUCGCACGGCUUCAACAUCCACUUCGGCCUGAUCGAGCCGCCCAAGGGUGUCGAGACCCUGCUGGUCGCCCCCAAGGGCCCGGGGCACCUGGUCCGCAGCGAGUUCACCGCCGGCGGCGGCGUCCCCUGCCUGAUCGCCCUUGAGGACGACGCGUCGGACGACACCUUCCAGAUCGGCCUGGCCUACGCCAAGGGCCUGGGCGGCGCCCGGGCCGGCGUCAUCCGCACCUCGUUUGCCGAAGAGACCGAGACCGACCUGUUCGGCGAGCAGGCCGUACUGUGCGGCGGCCUCAGCGAGCUGAUCAAGGCGGGCUUCGACACACUGGUCGAGGCCGGCUACCAGCCCGAGAUGGCCUACUUCGAGUGCAUGCACGAGGUGAAGCUGAUCGUCGACCUGUUCUACCAGGGCGGCCUCAACUACAUGCGGUACAGCGUGAGCAACACCGCCGAGUAUGGCGACUACUCCACCGGCCCGCGGAUUAUCACCGACGAGACCAAGGCCGAGAUGAAGAAGGUGCUCGAGGAGAUCCAGAACGGCACCUUCGCCCGCAACUGGAUGCUGGAGAACAAGGCCGGCGCCCCGGGCUUCAAGGCGACCCGCCGCCGCGAGCGCAACCUGCCGAUCGAGAAGACCGCCGGCUUCCCCGACGACGAGCGACUGCUCUCAGCUGACGAACGCGAGCGCGCCGACCGGUUCCAUUUCGAGCAGGACCGCCGCCACUUUGUCGCGGCGCGGGGCGGGCUGCGGCGUUUGCUGGGGCGUGCUACGGACCAUCGGCCAGACGAGCUCGCCUUCCACUACCACGGGAUGGGCAAGCCGUCGCUCACCGAGGAGCUCGGCGGCGGGCUGUGGUUCAACUUGUCUCACACGGCGGGCGUGGCGAUCGCAGCGUUGUCGUCAGACGGCGAGCUGGGCGCCGACGUCGAAGCGGUGCGCCCCACCAACUGGGCGGGCGGCAUCGCCGAGCGGUACUUCUCGCCAGCCGAAGUCGAAGAACUCAAGGCCGAACCGGCCGACAAACAGGACCGGGCGUUUUUUCGCUUUUGGACCAACAAGGAGGCGGUCGUCAAGCUGCUCGGCUCCGGGCUGGGCUUCCCGCUGCCGACAUUCACCACACCGCUCAACGCGGACGCCGGCGCCCGGGUGGUGCUGCCAGAGAACCCGCUCAGCCUCUCCCAGUGCUGGGUGCAUCCGCUGCCGACCGGCCCCGGGCUGCAGGGCGCCGUCGCGACACCGUCGACGGGCAAGGCGGCCGUCGAUGCGCUGGCCGGUGUCGGGACCGGCGGCCUGUCCGACCCCGACCACGACGCCGACCCAGGCCUAGCGGACUGCGUGCUGACGCUCACCCGGCGAGCCAUGGCUUGCGACUUUCAGGUGCAGCUGAUCGCCAGCCCCAACCGGAACGAAACCCAACCCGGCCUCGACGCGCUCGACCUGAUCGACCGCCAAGAAGACCGCCUAAGCGUGUACCGCGACUCUAGUGACAUCAGCCUGCUGAACGGCGCCGCACAGCACGGCCCCGCCGAGACCGACGCCGGGAUGUUCGCUCUGCUGGAGCUGUGCGAAAGGCUCUACCAAGACACCGGCGGGGCGUUCGACGCGACCACGGGGCCGCUGUCGCGGGCGUGGGGUUUCUUCCAGCGUGAACCACGCGUGCCGGAUGACGACGCGCUCGCGGCGGCGAUGGAGCUGGUCGGCUGGCGGCGCGUAACGCUCGACGUAAAGGAGCAGAGCGUCGCGUUCGAGAAGCCAGGCGUGGAGGUGAACUUCAACGGCAUCGGCAAGGGUUACGCGCUCGACCUGGCGGCCGACCAGAUGCAGCUAGAGCUGGUCGACGACUUCCUGCUGCACGGCGGGAGGAGCACGCUGGUCGCCCGGGGGGCUCGCCCCGGCGGAAAACCGGGGUGGGGUGUGGCGCUGCGGCACCCGCUGCGGCCGCAGCUCCGGAUCGCCGAGUUUUCACUCAUCAACCAGGCGUUCUCGACCUCGGGCGCGGCGACCCAGGGGUUCGUUUCAGGCGGGCAGCGGUAUGGGCACAUCCUGGACGCCCGCACCGGUCGACCGGCCAGCGGGCCGCAUAGCGUAAGUGUGAUUGCCCCCACCGGCACCGAGGCGGACGCCCUCUCCACUGCGUUCUAUGUGAUGGGCCCGGAGGCGGCCCGCAAGUAUUGCAACGCCCAUCCAGGCGUCGGGGCGGCGUUUGUGCUGCCCGAUAGCGUGGGCCUGUGGGGGAUUGUCGCAUUCCUGGUGCUGACUGGCGUGGGUGUGCCCAUCCCUGAAGAAGCCCCCCUGGUGCUGGCGGGGGUGCUCAGCAGCAAGGGACACUUCGACCCGGCAGUUGCCUUCGGGGCGUGCCUGAUGGGCGCACUGCUAGGCGACUCGCUGAUGUACGCAAUCGGCCGGCACCUGGGGCACGGCUUCCUGCUCCGACACCCGCUGAUCUCUCGCUUCAUCAACGCCGAAGAAGAAGAGAAGAUAGAGCACGUGAUCCAAAACCACGGGUUCAAGAUCCUGCUGGGGACGCGGUUUCUGAUCGGCAUCCGUGGCGCCGUUUACUUCGCCGCCGGCGCCGCCAGGGUGCCUUACUUGAGGUUCCUGCUGUGGGACCUAAUCGCCGCAACACUGGUCGUGGGCAUCGUAUUCGGCCUGGGCUACCUGUUCGGGCCCUGGAUCGAGCCGGUCAUACAAGACGCAGAAAAACUGGCUACGGUCAUGGUGGUCGCGGUGCUGAUUGGUGUCGGCUACAUGGUGUACCGCAAACGGGUCGAGCGCGUUGACCGCGAGCUCGAACGCCUGGAACGAGAGUCGCAGGGAUCGUCCCGCCUGACCCCCGAGACCAUCGCCAUGCCGUCUCCCCCCCUUGUCAUCGGCACCCACAACGCCAAGAAGGGCGACGAGCUCGCCGACGCCCUCGCUCCGCACGGCGUGCGGGUGCAGACGCUGGCCGAUUUCCCCACCGCGAUUGAAGUCGUGGAGGACGGUUUGACCUUCGGCGACAACGCCCGGCUCAAGGCCGUGCAGCAGGCGAAACACCUGGGGAAGUGGGUGCUGGCCGACGACAGCGGCAUCCAGGUCGACGCGCUCCAAGGCGAGCCCGGUGUCUUCUCCGCACGCUUCGCCGGCCCCGAGUGCGAUGACGCGGCCAACAACCGUUUGCUGCUGGAGAAGCUGUCCGGGCUGCCGCCGCAGAAACGCGGCGCGCAGUACUACUGCCACAUCACGCUGGCGGACCCAGCCGGAGAGAUCCGCGGCGAGGCGUGCGAUGUCUGCCGCGGCGUGAUCGUCGACAAGCCGCGUGGCGCCAACGGGUUCGGAUACGACCCGCUGUUCGAGAUCCGCGAGCUGCACCGCACCUUUGGCGAGCUGGGGCCUUCGGUCAAGAAGGAUCCCAUGUCCCACCGCUACCGCAUCCAGUUCCCCCCCAGCGACGCCCACCACCUUGAGCAGGACGAGGUCAGCUUUUUUGUCCUCGAGCAGGACAAGAAGACGCGGCUGCGAUUCCACGACUACGACAAGAUCUACCCGCGGCAGGGACUCUACGAGCAGGUGUUCUACGACCGGCUCAAGUGCACGUCGCCCAAGAAGGUCGGCGAGGAAUUGAAGCAGGCCCUCGACGCGGCCGGCAAGAGCAUCAGCGAACUGCGGGUGCUGGACCUGGGCGCCGGCAACGGGAUGAUGGGCGAGGUUCUCAAACGGCACGGGGUGGCCCGGCUGAUCGGCGCGGACAUCAUCCCAGAGGCCCGCGAGGCGUGCCUCCGCGACCGCCCCAGCGUGUACGACGACUACUACGUGGCGGACUUCACCGACCUGUCGCCCGACCAGAUUGACGAGCUGUCCGGCUGGUCGAUCGACUGCCUGACCAGCGUGGCGGCCCUUGGUUUCGGCGACAUCCCCGCCGCCGCAUUCUUUCAGGCGAUGCGGUUCGUCGAGGUGGGCGGCUGGGUGGCGUUCAACAUUAAAGAGACCUUUCUCGACCGGGCCGACCAGUCGGGCUUCUCACGGUUUAUCCGGGAGCUAAUCUUUUCGGAGUACCUCGACCUGCACCACCUGGAACGGUACCGCCACCGAUUGUCGAUGGAGGGGACGCCGCUGUAUUAUUUCGCGUUGGUGGCUCAGAAGACGGCCGAGAUCCCCGCCGACUUUUUGGAACGUCACGAAAUCACCGCGUAA